AUGGCUACAUCCUCAUUUUUCAUAGCAAUAAUCACAACAAUAAGUUUUAUUUGCUUUGCAUUAAGUUGUGCUGCUGUUUUCUUGCCCGUUUGGGGCUAUUUUAGAGAUGAGCAUGGGGGAUUUGCAUCCGAUCAUGGAUAUUUUGGUCCAUGGAAAGUGUGUAAAGAAUUAGCAUAUAAUCGAGAAAAGUGCGGAUCUCAUGAUACUGCGUCUCGUUUUAAACCUUCGAGAUUUGUGUUAGCCAGUGGAAUAGCAAUUGUUUUCAGUACAAUGUUUCUGGGAAUUUAUUGCAUUCUCUCUGUUAUUCAAAUUGCUGCUAUCUCAUCGAGGGAAAAAAUUGUAAUGAAAUAUAGUUCACUUGUAGUUAUCAAACUUAGCCUGUCAAUUUUAGGAACUAUCGCUGCUAUACUAUCGGCUGGCAUGUUUGCAAUACAAACUGACGAACGACGAGGAGGAGUGUCGUUUACUAUCUCACGAGGAGUGUCUUUCUAUCUUGUCAUUAUUUGCAUAAUUUUAUCAAUCAUAUUGUGCGUACUUAGUCUAUACGACUUGAUGUUUUCACGACGCUCUGGUGGUGAUCCAACGGAAGUGGCUGACGUCACUGGAUCACGUGCAAUCACCUAUGACAAUCCUGGAUAUCGAGAGGGUGAUCAUAAUAGAGGAGUUGCAAUGACAGCAUCAUCGGGCAAGCCAUAUGCGGGAAGUAUUGGUUCAGUGACUACAACGAUGACAUCAGUAUCAAAUGGAUCGACAUUUACGGACGGGUCAGUUUCAACAAUAAUGACAUCACGUGGACCUUUAAGGUCGAGUUUAAAGAAGCCUCGACCGAAACCUAGUAGUGACGAUUUUGGUAUCCAAAAUCCGGGCUUUGGUAAUUCACCUCGAAUGGAUCGAAAAAAUAGUGUUAAAAAAGUUCGAAUACAAACGCAAAGCACUGAAGUAUGA